UUCUCUUCUCAAAAUGUACCUGAGACUUUCAUAUGUGUUUAUAGCCGUUUUAUCGGUUGUUGUGUUCUCAGAUUGUUAUUUUAUAAGAUACAAGGCAAGUUUUCCGUUUUCUUCGGAUCACAGAAUGACUGAAAUACAGACGCAAACCCGCUUGGGAAAUAAGGCUUCUUCGGUCGGUCAUGGACUGUACAAUGUGAGCAAAUUCGGUCGCCGGCGACGAGGGUUGACUGUAGUUCCAACCCAAAGCUUAGAAAGAAACGAUGUUUUGAAUGAGGACAAAGAAAGCCUAUUUCUUCUGCUAUUUCGAAGCCCUCAAAAAUUAAGGUGAGAUAAGUACGAUCCGUACCAAGCUUCGGACGGAUUGAAGAAAAAGUAUUUUUUCGAUAGAGAAUGUGGUCGGGGGUUGCACUUAAGUUCCUUCUUUAUAAAAUUAUAAUAAGCAUUGUACUUUUGUUUAUAACUUGCAAACUAUUUUUCUGUAUUUUUUUAAACUUAUUAUUUAUUUUGUAUUAUAUUACCAGUUCAGUAUUUUUUUUAUAAUUUUUCUGCUAUAUUAAACAGUUCAAUUUUUCCUUUAUGUUUAUAAGGUUUAAAAUGAUUCGAUUAAAAAAAUAAAAUCUUAAAAACGUUUAACAUUUAAAAUAUUCAAAAAUAAAGUAUAAUUAGAUAGAUUUUUGUAAACUGAGAGAUUGUUAUACAAUUCUUAUUUUGUCCCCUUUUAGAGAGUAGAAGUUAAGGAAUCUUUAUUAAUUCAGAAUGUAUUACUGAGUUAACAUUGUAUUUGAAAUCUAAAGAAACAUUCCAUUUAUACAAAAUAUUUCUUAUUUUUAUAAAAGUGUCUUAAGAAUAUUUAAUAAUUUAAUGAACCUUUUUAAAAAUUAAUUCUAGUCAUGAAAUCAUUUUGUCCUACUACUAUUAUUAUGUUAUGUCCAACCUAUGUA